CCGCCGGGCUGCGGCUCACACCUACACACUGCGCCGCCGAGCACAGCGCCGCUGCCGGGACCCGCGCCCCCGCCCGUCGCUGCCCAUGGCGCCGCUGCCCCCGCUCCUGCUGCUGCUGCUGCUGCCCGCGGCCGUUUCCAAGGGCACCGUUGAAGGCCGUGUGAGAAGCCGCAGGGGAAUCCUGGAGCUGGCCGGAGCCAUCAGGUGCAGCACGGGCCGCUCGCCCUUCGCCUACCUGCGCUACGGCUGCUACUGCGGCCUGGGGGGAAAGGGAUGGCCCAUGGACAGAGUGGACUGGUGCUGCUUUAACCACGACUGCUGCUAUGGGAGGGCAGAACAAGCAGGGUGCCAGCCCAAGACUGAAAGUUACCACUGGGAAUGCAAAGACAAUUCUGCUGUGUGUGACUCACUAGAAGACAAAUGUCAAAAAAUGGCAUGUGAAUGUGACCGUGAAGCUGCCAAAUGUUUUUCUAAAGCUCCCUACCACAGAAAAUACCUUUUGUGGCCAGACUUUUUGUGUGGUGAGAUUCAGCCUUUGUGUAGGUAUCAGAUACAUGACUCUUGAAUAUAUUUAAAUCUAAAAUGACUUUUUUUUUGGCCACAGUAAUGACAAGAAAUUAUUUUCCCCUUUCUUGAUACUCCUUCAUUCCAUCUCAGCCUCUCCACCUCAAAAUGGGCAAAGUAAACAUUUUUCCUGUUAUUUACUUUCUUCCAUGCACUUAUUAUUGACUAAAUAGAAAUCUGAGUUUAUCAGCUUAAGGAGUAACUGACAAUGUUAAUUUUUGUUUAAUUCAAAUUCACAGAUUUUUCAGAUUGAUAAUAUCAUUCACUAUGAACUUUUUAUCCCCCCCUCCACUGGUUAUAAGAUACAAAUCAAACUUCUCCACUAACAAAUCUUAGCAUUUGUUAACUUUGAACAGACUGGAAAAAGUUCAUGAAGUGACAGUGUCAGCACAAAGAGCCCUCUCAUCUACAUUAAACACUUAAUACAAAGCCUAA